CUUUCCAUCUAACCCUAAAAAGCUUAAUCCGAGUUAGAAUCGCAAAAUCAUUCAAUAACGAAAAUCAAUCAUGGUUUGCAUACGGAAAGCGACGCUAGACGAUCUCCUAGCGAUGCAAGCUUGCAAUCUCUUAUGUCUACCUGAAAAUUACCAAAUGAAGUACUACAUCUACCACAUCCUCUCAUGGCCGCAGCUCCUAUACGUCGCCGAAGAUUACGGAGGCAAGAUCGUCGGCUAUGUCUUAGCCAAAAUGGAAGAAGAAAGCUCCGAGUGUCAUGGUCAUAUAACCUCCCUCGCCGUCGUUCGCACUCAUAGAAAACUGGGUCUUGCAACAAAACUCAUGACCGCCGCUCAAAACGCAAUGGAACAGGUAUUUGGAGCAGAAUAUGUUUCACUCCAUGUGAGGAAGAGUAAUCGAGCUGCGUUCAAUUUGUAUACUGAAACGUUACAGUAUCAGAUUCAUGAUAUUGAAGCUAAGUAUUAUGCUGAUGGUGAAGAUGCUUAUGAUAUGAGAAAACAAUUGAAAGGGAAGAGUCAUCAUCAGCAUCAUGGACAUCAUCAUCAUGGAGGUGGAUGUUGUUCAUCCCGAGAGACUAAUCAAAAGAGUUCUGAGGGACAUGCUUCUUCCUCGGUGGCUUAAUUCAUGGUUUGAUUCUUACACGUUUAUUUGUUAUGUGUAUUCAUGUUUUAUCUGUUACCUACAAAAGACUCUGAGGAAAAUUUGUGUUGGGUUUUUUAUAUGCAUAAGUAUUGCUUGGAAUUUC